AUGUUAAAUGUUCUGAAGCGCGACCUUUUUGGAAUGGAAUUGCCAACGAACAAGUUAAACCAGAUGGCCGGUGAUACAACUUGGUAUCAACAUGAUGACUUGAUUAAAUCAAUAGAAUACUUGGCUCACAUUCCGUCUUCGAUCAGACAUCUCAAAAUUCUUUCGGAGGUCCUCACUCAAUUUAAUGUAAAGAAUAGAGAGAAAAGUUGGGCGGUUGAGAUGUUAAACACUUUAGAAAACGCUGAUAUGGUCUUAGGAGACCUAUCAGAAUUUUUCUUAAUAUACAAUUUGAGAUUUGAUGCAUAUGAGGAAUGCUGGUCCAUCAUCGAAGCACUAUCGUUGGCUAAAGAAUUUAUUGAUUUCCUAUUCAAAGAAUUGGUUGGACGUGAUCUAACAAAUCUUAUUAACGCUGUCGACGAUCAAUCAAGCACGAAAUUACUUCGAGAGAACACCGUGGUUGCUUUAAUAGAAGUUAACAAGGCGUUAGAUCCCUUGAGUAAAGAAGCAUCACGAUCAUCGAUUGACUCAUUCUUAGAUUGCCUAUCCGAAGUAUCGAAAAAAAAUCCCUCACUCACUACAAAGAUAAUCACCUGUAACACUCAUAAUCUGGCUCUACAAAAUAUGUAUCGUAACAUAGCGAAUAGAGAUCUGUGUGAGGUCAUGCUAACAUAUGAUACGACGCAAAAUCAACCUCGCGUAACAGCUUCCUACAAUUUAGCGGAUCUACACGAUCUUUAUGGUCGUGCACUCUUUAUAGGAAAAUCCAUAGCUUCUGUCGAUCGAUCAAAGGGGGAAAACGAUGUUAAAAAUAUUAACACGUUUAUUACGCAGGUUGACUUGGUACAACAAAUCAUAGAGGUGAAUUCAAAGUUGAUUCGGUUAGGGCAUUUUCUUUAUCAGAAUAUGAGGAUUGAGGCGCGCGAUGUUUCUGAACUUCAAGAUGUGCUGGAUAAACUAACACAAGAUCUAAAAAUAUGGGAAGACGUGGUCGAUCGUGCGCAAAAUGAACAUUAUUAUUUGACUUUCUUCUCCGCACACCAUAUUUUAGCCUUUUAUAAUUAUUUUAGAACUGAUAAUCCCGGACAUGACAAUGAUAAGCUUAAAGAAGUCUGCCAAAACAUUAUACGAUUCGUUAAUGACGCAGCUCAAUUACCAAUUCCAACAGGAAAAUUGAAUGCCGUUCAAAGCAAAGAUGAUUUUUUUCCUGUUCUCUGCAAUAUUGGUGUUAUACUAUACGAUAUCUUUUCUGAUAUUCCACGACAAAUUCGAUCUAUUCCCGAUAUUUUGAAACCGGUGAUAGCUGAUACCGUUUUUAGUGGACAAAUAUUCGUGGCAGCUU